AAGAUACAGUUUAUUGCAGUUUACUUCUAAUCUUGAAGGCGAGUCCUUUCAGUUCAAUAUAUUCCAGGACAGUGACUAGAGUAUCCCAGGAGCAUGAUGCCAAACUGACGAUAUUUAGAUCGGAUCCUCUUCAUGAUGUGUACGUGUUCUUCACCAUCCACUGGAAACCUCAGGAGAAGUGGAAGUUUUGGAGUAUCGGAUCCAAGGGGGCCUGAAGGAGUUGAACCUGUGACUGGAGGCUUUGUGCUCCCACCGUCCAAUAGCUCUACUGGAUUUGGAAUAAAACUCAGUGCCAUGGGUUUUCUUUUAAAACAAUACUAUAUGUCCAUGGAUGUGCCCUUGUCAGUAGUUAAAUUUUAGCAUGCUAGCUAUGUGUAUUUUCGGCAACAGCGAAUGCAGAGCGAACGGAGCGAGCACACACUAAUUAUAUCUGUAUACAAGAGCAAUCCUAGCCUAUAUUGCAACUUG